AUGGGACUGUGGAAGGGCAGCGGGUGUCGGGACUCUGUGUGUGUGUGUGUGUGUGUGUGUGUGUGUGUGUGUGUGUGUGUGUGUGUGUGUGUGUGUGUGUGUGUGUGUGUGUGUGUGUGUGUGUGUGUGUGUGUGUGUGUGUGUGUGUGUGUGUGUGUGUGUGUGUGUGUGUGUGUGUGUGUGUGUGUGUGUGCCACCUUGGCACUGGCUGCUGCCCAGGAUCCUGCCGAGGGCUGGAUGGGCUACGCCAAGGGCGUGUCGCCCCGUGGCACCGGUGUGUUCACCCAUGCCGAGGCCAAGUGGAAGGCUUUGAGCAAGCCAAACAACGCUGCCAAUGCCUUCUAUUCCCCCUGGUUUGGCAUCGAGAGCUCAGACAACCUCAACCUCAUCCAGCCCGUGAACCCUUGGACUGGCCGCGCUUGGCAAAUGUACAUCGAGUGUAUGUGAACGCAAAUGGAAUGUGGAAUGGAUACCGACCUUGUAGACGUUGCCGUCCCGGCCAUACACUCACCGAUACUUGCCGCACGCUUCCUCGGAUUUCCAGUGGGAACCCGAGCAUAACGAGAACAGCCAGGGCCAUAUCGUGUCCGCUGGCGAUGUGCUCCACGGUGUCAUCGACCUGGACCAGAGCAGCCAGACCUACAUCAUCUCGCACACCAACCUGAACACGGGCUGGAACGUGAAGACGCAAAUUCCGGUUCAGCGCAAGCUGUCAGGCAAAUACAAGGAGUACACCAUCCUGUACUUUGUCUUUGAGAAGACCUUUGCCUGCCACCAAUACCCCGCCGAGGAGGUUGUCACCUUUUACGACAUUGCCGUUCAAUACGACAACCAGACGGUCGCCCCCACUUGGACGACUGCGUAUGUCGAUGACAACUGCAACAACCGCGCCCAUAUCCUCAACGAGUUGGUAGCCCACCCAACUGCUGUGCCCCGGCUUCUCACACGCAACGUGCAAUUUGACCAAUGUCUCACUCUGCCUUGAUGCAUCUUGCUUGGAACUACCUCCAUGUAAAUGCGUGUCUAUAUCAGACGCUGGCCUUCAGCAACACAGGGGCCGGCUGCGUACGACACACCCCAUGCCCCUCCUCCCCCCCUUUCUUUUUUCUUUUUUGCGCUGACUGCGGCUUUCAAAGUGGGCAAGUCUCCCUUGCGAUACACAAUUCAACACCUAGAGGUGCAGUUUUGUUGGCAUGUACCUGUACAUGUUGCUGCUGUGCUGCCAGUAC